AUGAUUAUAAAUGUUACACUUUUACUAAUUUUCAUGCGACUGAAGGAGAUACAUGGAUAUCUAAGCUGCGCUGGUGAUUUGGUGCCUUGCCGAAAUAAGACACAUUGUAUUCCUAUUGAAGAUGUUUGCACUACUUUUCGUGAUUGUAUGACCGGUGAUCGGAACGAAAAACCAGUCUGCCACUAUUGCGGUAGAACUUCGAGACAAUCAAGAGCAUGUCUGUUUCAGAUAGAUAAAAAGUCGGACUUAGAAUUCAACUGUUUAUCCAAGAGUGUACUGUGCACUGAAGAGGACGAUGAAAAACGUUGUAUGAAUGGUAUUGAUAGAGAUCCGUAUAUCUGUGAAAAUCUCUGCCGAGAAAAUGAAAUGCAUUGUCCAAGUGGCGAAUGUGUUCUUACAAGUCAGAAAUGUGAUCAAAAGAAAGACUGUUACGAUGGAUUUGAUGAAGAAAACUGUCCCCCUGUAACCACACCAGUUUCUUCGCCAGCCAAAACCAAUCCUUCAUCUUCAGCGCCAGUUUCAUAUAUUUGUGCACUUUCAGCAACUCCAACACAUGCCGUAUCUUUGCCAAUCGAUCAUGUUUGUGAUGGAUAUAAAGACUGUCCAAUGAACGAUGACGAAAGUUAUUGUAAUAACAAAUGCACUUCAAGUUCACCGUGUCCAUCAAAUUCUGAUGCUACUUGUCUUGAACAUCCUACUACUCAUAAACUUUGCCGAUGCAGUAAACCAGGCUACAGAAUAUCCGCGAAUACAUCAAAAUGUCAAGAUUUCGAUGAGUGCACUGACUUCUUUCGCGAUUAUUGCUCAUUCAAAUGUGCCAAUACAGAUGGUAGUUACAAUUGCUCAUGUCCAUCGGGUUUCACCUAUAAUAAAGAUACAAAAACAUGCCGAAAGGACCAUGAUCUGUCUAAGCCGGAUUUACUAGUGGUAUUGGAAGAUCGCAUCAAUCUGUACAAUAUUCUCAAUUCAUCUGAUUCCUACACAGCGAAUUUACGAAAUACUAUCAGUGUUACAAACGGUUCUAAUAUAGCUUAUGUACAAUAUGAUCCUCUGCAAAAGUUCGUUAUCUACUAUGAUUAUGUUCGACAUUCUAUUUUGUGCAAAAAGAUUGAUGAUGGAAAAACAAUUGUUCUUCUUUCGAAUCUCAUUGUCCAUGGUUUUGUAUAUAAUGUAAACGAGAGAAAUCUAUUUGUACUUGAAAGACAUUCAGACGCCUUACUAAUGUAUUCUCCAAUUACUUGUGACACUCCAAGUAAUAUUAAGAUGCAUUCGUGGAUAUUCGAUGAUUUAACUGAUGGUACCCACGAAAUAAGAAUGGACAUUUUCAAUCGAAAACUAAUUUUUGCUUCGAAGUUUAAUUUUAUGAUAUCCGAUAUAUCUCAACCAAAUGUAACGAAGAUUGUAUUCAAUGCGACUUUACCAAUCAAACAUUUUCUUUAUGAUUCUUUGUUUGAGCGCGUCUUUUGGACGGAAGCUGAUGGUUAUGAUGGUCAACAUUUUUCUGUUUUUACAUGCAACAAUCAAUUUAAGCAAUGUCACAAUACGUCCUUUCGACUGCCGACUUCGAUUUCAUUCGGAUUUUUUAAUGAUGCUUUACUCUAUUCAACAUUAACAAAGAAUGCCAUAAAUGUUUUUCAACUUUAUGGCACGCGUCGUUUUACUGAUACAUUCAUGGUGCCAAUGGAAACUAAAAUUCAUUCGUUUCUAUUACUCGAUCAUCAGCAAACUGAUCGAUUCAAUCUAUGUAGAACAGCUAUACCAGCACGUUGUCCAAAUCAACUCUGUUUACAGGUCAAUUCCACAAACACUCAGUGUUUAUCAAUCGAUGGCGAAAGAACAUCAUACAGUCCUAACGAAUCAACCAAAGAUGAUACUACUGUUGCUACAGAUACAAGUAAACCAAAGUCAUACCGAUACCGACCAACGAAUACAAUCCUUUUCUUUAUUAUUGCAAUUACUUGUGGAAUAUUUGUGGCAAUAUUACUCGUCAGAGUUUUCCAUCGUCGUUUACUAUUCAAGUCCUCUCAAAACCCAAGCGCACAGUUAUACAUAGCAACUGAGGAACCCAAUCUCGAUGAAUUUGGACUCUCGGAUGACCGGAAUGGUGACCGGCUUCCAUUAACCAAUCAAUUAUAUUACUAA